AUGCCAUUGCCGAUGAUAUCCUCCUUGUUUCGCAACACCAAUGUCAAUGCUUACCUUAUCACAUUCACACGUCAAAAACACUCCUUGUUUCAUCACCUCAAAUCUCCACAAAAUCUUCUCCAAACCAAAACCUUACACGCUCUUCUUCUCUUCCUCGGUUUCUUUCACUCAUCUUCUCCCCGUAAUUCACUUCCUUCACACAUCACCAAUCUCUAUGUCAACUUCGGUUCCUUCCAUUACGCUUUUCUCUCGUUCACUCAACUCCCCCACAAGUCCAACCUCGCUUGGAAUUCCAUUCUCCGAGCUCUUAUUGGUUCUAGCCACUUCACCGUAGCAAUUCAGUUCUAUCACUCCAUGAUAAGACAUGGUGUCACCCCCGAUAAUUACACGUUCCCACUUGUCCUUAAAGCUUGUUCUUCUUUACACGCUCUUCAAAUUGGAAGAUGGGUUUACCAUACCAUCCUCUCUAACGUAGAAAAGCCUAAUCUUUUUGUUCAGUGUGCUUUGAUUGAUAUGUUUGUUAAAUGUGGAAGCUUGGAAGAUGCACGUAAGGUGUUUGAUGAAAUGCCGGUGAGAGACUUGGCUUCUUGGACUGCGUUGAUUUGUGGAACUGUGAGGAAUGGUGAUUGGCUUGAAGGGCUUUCUUUGUUUAGAAAUAUGAGAUCGGAAGGUAUGAACACUGAUUCGGUUAUUGUUGCGUCUGUGUUACCCGUUUGUGGCAGGUUAAUGGAUGGUUUGAAAUUGGGGAUGGCACUGCAAGGAUGUAGUUUGAGAAGUGGCUUUGACAGUGAUUUGUAUGUCUCUAAUGCUAUCAUUGACAUGUAUUGUAAAUGUGGUUAUCCACUUGAGGGGGACCGCGUAUUUAGUUAUAUGGUUUGUAGAGAUACUGUUUCUUGGAGUACCUUGAUUGCUGGUUACUCACAAAAUGGCAUGUACCAAGAGAGCUUUGAACUGUAUGUUAGAAUGGUGAAUAUGGGUUUAAGAACAAACGAGGUUAUUGUUACUAGCGUUCUUCCUGCUUUGGGAAAACUCAAGUUGUUGAAACAGGGGAAGGAGAUGCAUAACUUUGUUCUUAAAGAAGGACUUUUAACUGAUGUAGUUGUUGGAAGCGCAUUGAUUGAUAUGUAUGCUAACUGUGGGUCAAUCAAGGAAGCGGCGUCAAUAUUUGAAUACAUGUCAGAUAAAGAUAUCAUGGUAUGGAAUUCACUAAUUGUUGGGUAUAAUCUAGUUGGUGAUUUUCAGUCAGCAUUUUUUACCUUAAGAGAAAUUUGGGUAGCUGAACAUAGGCCAAAUUAUAUAACUUUAGUGAGUGUUCUUCCUAUGUGCACUCAAUUAGGAGCUCUUAGACAGGGAAAGGAAAUCCAUGGUUAUGCAACCAAAAGUGGUCUGGGAUUAAAUCUUUCUGUUGGAAAUUCUCUAAUAGAUAUGUACAGCAAAUGUGGAUUUUUAGAACUCGGAGUGAAAGUCUUUAACCAAAUGAUGGUAAAGAAUGUAAUAACAUAUAACACUAUGAUAUCUGCUUGUGGAGCUCAUGGCCUAGGAGAAAAGGGUUUGGCAUUCUACGAGCAAAUGAAGAAAGCGGGAAUUAAACCAAAUAAAGUCACUUUUAUUUCACUGUUAUCUGCGUGUAGUCAUGCAGGUCUUGUUGAAAGAGGUUGGAUGUUAUAUAAUUCAAUGAUUAAUGAUUAUGGCAUUAAGCCAGAUAUGGAACACUACUCGUGUAUGGUGGAUCUCAUUGGAAGAACUGGUGAUCUUGAUGGUGCAUACAAGUUCAUCACAAGCAUGCCUGUGACCCCAGAUGCCAAUGUUUUGGGAAGCUUACUUGGUGCGUGUCGACUUCACAACAAAGUGGAGCUGGCUGAGCUCCUUGCAAAGCAUAUUUUCCAAUUAAACAAUAAAGAUUCAGGACACUAUGUUCUUCUAUCAAAUUUAUAUGCCUCUGGGAAACGAUGGGAAGACAUGUCAAAGGUGAGAAGCUUGAUAAAGGAUAAAGGGUUGGAGAAAAAACCAGGAAGUAGCUGGAUUCAGGUGGGCCGUCGCAUUUUCGUCUUCCAUGCUACGAGUAUCUUUCAUCCAGAACUUGCCAAGAUUGAAGAAACUCUGGAAAGCUUAUUCUUGGUGAUGAAAAGUGAAGAUUAUAUGCUGGAUAAUCUGGGAUUUUGUUCCCAUGUUAAUGACCAAAAUUUAACUUAA